AAGUUAAACAAGUCCUUGUACGAGCUUGGGCAUAUAAUUGUUAAUCAUCCCUAAAUGUCUUUCACAAAAUCUAAUGAGAAGAGAAUGGUUUGAUGGCUUGAUACAAAGUAGUUACACAACGACUUUCACUUUGGGAUCGUUGAUCGUUGAUCGAACAUCGUUUUUGAUGAAAGAUAUAUUCUCUUCGGUGCGAGAAUUUGUAGAGAAACCAUCGUGUGGCUUUGCUUAACGAGAGUACAUCGAGGAUAGAGGGUAUUGUCAUCACUUGAAAAUGUCGAAGGCUCGGUCGUUCUCUUCGCCUAGGCUUUCAGACGAAGCGACCAAAAAAGAGAUAAAUCGCCAGCACGCGUUGCUAUCUGCUGACAUGGACAAGAAGCAGUUGCGCGGAAAUGUCACGCUUGAAGAAUGGCGACAUUACAAGCAGGCGACCACCUUGAACCAAAAGGAAAAACGUGAGCAUUUUCAAAUCAAAUCACGAAAAAAAGAACUAUUAAAUGAUCUUCAAAAAGUUCGCUCUAGCUACACUGGACAUUUUGAUGCUUCCAAGUCUCCAAUGGAAAAUAUUCAAUUAGCAUUGAGAACCAAGUGUCAAACGCCUCCAAGAAAUUCAAGAUUGUAUGCGCCAGGAGUUCACGGUAUUAGACGGUGCAAAUCAAGCGAAGUGCUCUCCUCUCCUAGUACACGUGCUUCUUCUAGCUUGAGCUACAGCCCCAAUCCUCUGCUCAUUUCGUCCAGGGAUAAAGUAAAAGAAAGACCAAAAACUGCUGCAGCAGAAGUUGCACCUUUACGAGCUCCAAAGCGACAAGACGACCCCAAACCUACCGCAAGUAAGAAAAAACAGUUUGUAAAAGCACACAAAAAAACUUAAUGACCUUAUUGAGUUGCUGAAUCACUGAGAAAAUCUCCUUAUUUGUUUUUUGUUUUGUUUCAUGUCAAUGGUGAGAUAUAGCUGUUUUUAUUAACUUGGAAUAUUUACCUAGRUCCCCUAGUUUCAAUACUCCAUUUUACAGUUCCGUUCCAAGCCGAGGCUGGAGUUUCCGCGCAUGAUAAAAAGUAUAGUUUUGCUAUGCGCGGAAACUGCAGCCUCGACUUGCAACUAUUAUUCGUGGUCACUCGAACGGAACUGUAAAAUGGGGUAUUUAGUGGAGGCAAAAGUUAGUUGAGUCGAUAACACGGGUCAAAAUCGAAUGGUUGAGUAUAGCGAAUAACACGGGUCAAAAUCGAAUGGUUGAGUAUAGCGAAUAACACGCAAGUAAGAUUAGGACGUGCCGCCUACAUCUGGUGGCCCGCAUCUCCUGGCCCCAUACGCAUCUGGUGGCCCCUUGACCAUAACUCGGGAACGAAGCAAGCUAUGGUAACGAAACUUGGUAGCAUUGGUGAAACUUGUGUUGUCAAUCAUCUGACCACGUGACAUGGCGUGAAGUCACAUAUCACGUGACUUACGAACCAAACAUUUUCGCCAAUUUUUGCGAAUACUCAUUUCAAGGAAUGCUAUGGUAACGUAACUUGGUACGAUGGUUGAGACUUGUGUUAUCUGUCAUCUCGGAAUCAAAUUAAUCCGGCAUAGUGUGGACGGGGCCUUAUUUAUUACGAUAUUCGCUUCCACAUACCUCUGGUGGCCCCAUUGUACCCACCUCUAAUGGACCCGCAUCUCGUGGCCCCAUGCACACGCAUCUGGUGGGCCCUUGGCUAUAACGCCUUAACGAGACAUGCUAUGGUAACGAAACUUGGUUGUUCUUUGCUGACGAUCGUAGAUGCCUUUUGGGAGUGUACGGUGUCAGAAGAGACUGUAAGUACUGUGGAUCCAGGCCGUUCAUUGCCUUAAAAGUCAAGAGUAUUAUCUUGUAUGCUAUGGUAACAAACCUUGUUGCAUUGGGUGAAACUUGUGUUGCCAGUUAUGUGACCACGUGAUAUGGCAUGUCACUUACCACGUGACUUAGAAGAACAACACUAUUGUCACAGUCAUAACGAGAGUAAAUACAUUUAUGUCUGAAGCUAAUUCGAUAAUAAAAGCUGAAAAAUAUAUCAGCAUUUUUAGAAAUAGGGGUGUAACCACAAAAAGAGUAAAUUCAGUUUGUUUGGUGCUUGUUCUUGAAAAA